AUCAUGGAAUACGUUCCUGGAGGAAACCUGUUGCAGUUUCUUAGAAACAGACGUCCCCAGAAGGUGAAGGACGAUGAAGAGGUGACGGGCGAAGGAACCGGUGGAGAGCGAGAAGAAACUGGAGAGGCCAAAGAAGAACGGAAGUCUGAAGGAAAUGAUGGCAUGGAACAGAUGAAUAUAUUGUCAUCACGUGACUUGUCCUCAUUCGCUCUACAGAUUGCAAAAGGAAUGGCGCACAUUGCCUCUCAAAAUAUAAUUCACAGAGACCUUGCUGCCAGGAAUGUUCUCCUUGGACUAGGGAAUGUCUGCAAGAUCUCCGACUUUGGUCUGUCACGUGACAUGGAGGGGAGUGACGAAUACGAAGUGUCGACAAUGAUAAGUAUUUCAGACUUUCAGGCGGAACAUUGUGGGAAACACAAUGCAUGA